UAGCUGGGAAUACUCUUGCAGUUUGCUACCCGCUAUCCUGUGUGACACAGGUUUCAGGCCACCACACAGGCGAGACAUGUUGUGUAGAACAGGAACAGCCACCACAGGAAAUGACACUGGGAUCCCAUGAGCUGAAAAACAAAGGAUAACCACCACUGUGCAACGGUGAGGACAAUACUGAAAACUUGGGACGAGGAGAUCGGAGCCCAAGGGGAAUAUUAGCCAUGUUGAUGCCAUGGAGACUGUUUCUCUGCCAGAUGGCUCUAAACAUAUUCUAUCACAUUGCAAAAGCCAGCUUAUGCCUUGGUGGUCAGGAUAUAUUUGCCACAGUCAGAGAGAACAGUCAUACAGGAGAGUUCAUAGCCAACCUCAGUAUCAAUGGAGACCCUGGAGCCAGUAGCAUUCGUCUGUGUCUUACGGGAGAGAAUGCUGAUUGGUUCUACCUUGAGGGUCGAACAAUCAGACUGAACUCAUCACUUUCUAGGACCUUGGAUCGAGAGGUCCUGGGAUCAGUCCUGAUAGCUGCUUUGACAUGUUAUGAAGAUGAAACAAUACGGGGUCAAUACAGAAUCAUGGUGGAGAUAUUGAAUGAGAAUGACAACAUGCCACAUUUCCUUGAAGACACCAUUCAACCGCGAUACAUAAGUGAGUUGAUGGCUGUAAAUUCAAUGGUGUUCACAGUGAAAGCCAAAGAUGCUGAUGGAGACACGAUCACUUAUAUGACUGAUAAAUCCUCGCCUGAUGCCAGCUAUUUCAGAAUAGAUCUGCCCAACAGUGGGAUGGUGAUCCUAGACAAACUGCUAGACUUUGAGACCAAAACCCAGCUGCAGGUGGUCAUAUAUGCUGUGGAAAUGAACACAAAAGAAAAGUACAGUACAACAGCUAAAGUCACAGUGAAUGUUCUAGAUGGUGAUGACCAUUACCCACAGUUUCUGCCCUGCUAUCCUGAUUAUGAAUCUGGUGAUCAUACCAUCUGCACCAACCCUGUCUACACCGUCAACAUCACAGAGACAGAUGAGGACACUUUGCUAUAUUUCUCUCCGGGUCCCAUUCAUGCUGAGGAUGGAGACAAAGACAUCCAGACUCCUCUGGUCUACAGCAUACUGUCUGGUGAUGACAAUGGCAGAUUUACAAUCAACCAUGAAACGGGAGAGAUCACUCUGCUUCAACGUGUGGAAAACAGACUCCUAAACCCUUCGUUCAGGCUGCGCAUAAUGGCUGCGCAACUAAACGACCCCAAGAAAUAUUCUGUGGCAACAGCCCUAGUACAUGUGAUAUCUGAAAACCGAUUCGCUCCUUACUUCAACAAGACUGUCUACAAAGGGUUCCUCAUUGAGAACUCCAGCCCUGCUACACUGGUCACUACCUACGGGAACCAAGUCCUUGUCAUACAGGCCAUUGACAGAGACUUCAGAGAUGAAAUAAACCCAAAAGUCCACUACACACUGCACCCGAUGACGGGCACCAAUAAACUGUAUCACAUCACCCAGGAUGGAAUUGUGAUUGCAAAGACUGACCGCCUUAGAGCCUUUGAUCGACACAUCUUGGAGGUGAUUGCAACAGAUGAAGAGUCGGGCGAGACUGCCCAUGCUUCAGUAGAUAUAGAAGUUCUACAGAGGGGGCAACCAGUUCCCAGAAGUCCGUUUGGAGAGGAACGUUUGUUUGGAGACAUGAAUGCGGGUAUGGCUGGUGGCAUCGCUGCUCUUGUUGUAAUAGUGGCCAUGACGGCAUUUUUUCUCCUCCUCUGGCUGGCAAAGAGAAGGAGGGAAAGACGGGAUCCAGUGGACAGGGGCUCUGUAGCCCUGGGAAAGCACCCUAAUGUGGAAGCAUCAUCACCCAUCUCUCAUCGCCACAUUCUAUGGGAAUGAGGCAGCAACAUCACAAUCAUAGUUAAGAAACUUGAGAUUGUUGAAUUUAUAGUCAUAGGUCUCCAAAGGCAUCGGCAGGCAUCUGUGCCAAGACAUGUAGAGCAAAAUAAAAGACUCUUUAAAAAACAUGGAGGUGAACAUAACGUUUUCUACAUAAUUGGCUAAUACAGCUCUUGGAAGGCAGCAGUUUUUGUAGCACUUUGCAUUAUCCUUGGAUGUUGUAUGGGAGAGAUACAGUGGAAUAUAGUGAGCUCUGAUAAUGGCAGCUUCGAAAAGAGUUUUUGGAGUUUAAAAAUAAAUGCUUUUCACAAUUUGAAGUGGUCAGUAAUUCAACUGAUUAAAAUCUCUGUUCUCCUACAAAUGAAUGCACUGGAACUUCUUAUAUUCUUUUUAUGUACCAACAGUACAAUUCUACAUCAAACCACAUUAUAAAUCAGAUUUCACUCUUGCACAUACUGGUUGUUGGUGGCAAGAUAUACAAGAUGCAGAUGUAGAGACUGGGGCUAGUAGACUGACUCUGGAAAGAUGUCACAAGGCUUAUACAGUAUCUUAGUAAUAAUACGGUUUUGACUCAAAAGUCCAUUUGCUCAUAUAUUAUUGUUUUCUCAAGCAGUGGUUUUGUUUUUUGGUUUCAAAUACCUAGUUUAAACUUGUCUUAAAUUAGUAUAAUUUCUGUGAAUUCCAUGCUCCAUUAUUAAAAUUCCAAUUGGCUAUUGUUUGCUAUACAAUAGCUGUUAGGGUAAACAGGUUAACAUGAUAAAACCACUCUGGCAUAUAUUCAGGUAAGGGUCAGUUUUAAAGUGAAGGUAGAUUUUAACCCAGUGGUUGAACUGUUCUCAGGACAAGGCUUUUUUGAUUAAUGUUGAGUCUGGAUAAAUUGUCAAAUUUUUAUUGGUGUGUAUUAUAUAUUGUAAUUCUUCUUAUUAUUAUUAUUAUUUGAUAAUUUACCUUUGCAAUUUUUGUUGGCUCAAACAAUGGUUUGAUUUGUUUGGCAUGUUACCUCUUAGAUUUUGUGCUGUUUCAUGAAUUGUUCUGUGUUUCAUCAUUAU